CCAAAUCAGGCCAAAUUGUUAUUGUUUUGAUUUAGAUGAUACCUAGAGAGUAGAUCCCAUGUUGGGCAUGAUUCGAUUCAGGUUUUCAGGCACAGACGACGUCAUUUAUUUCUUUCUUUGAUACGCGACUGACGCGAGGUUAACUUAAGGGCUCCCCAACUUUUUCUUCAAGCAUAAUGUCCAGCUCUAAAGAGUCGCCUUUACCCACUCCAAGCCCUGCCCCUCGAAGGAAAAUUGCUGCAGUGAAGAAACCUCUAACUGUUGAAGACGAAAGCACUUUAUUCUGUAUUAUUAGAAAUGGCAAAAGUUCUGUUCAGAAAACUGUAGAUGAAUGGAUUGAACAGUACAAAGCUGAUCGUGACUCAGGAUUGCGUGCCAUAAUGCAGUUCUUCAUUAGUGCUUCUGGAUGUAAAGGGAAAAUAACCUCUCAAAUGCAAAGUAGCAUGGAAUAUGCUGCUAUAAUCCGUCAUAUGACCGAAGAGUUUGAUGAAGAAAGUGAUGAGUACCCGAUAAUCAUGUCUGGUCCACAAUGGAAAAAAUUUCGAAGCAAGUUCUGUGACUUCGUUCAGACACUUGUGAAGCAAUGCCAAUAUUCCAUCAUUUAUGAUCAGUACCUCAUGGAUAAUGUAAUUUCGCUACUUACUAGUCUUUCUGAUUCACAAGUAAGAGCGUUUCGUCAUACUGCUACACUAGCUGCUAUGAAAUUCAUGACCGCGUUGGUUGAAGUGGCUCUGACUGUAUCGAUUCAUCUUGAUAACACGUCUCGUCAGUAUGAAGUUGAGUUGCAGAAAAUACACACACGAACCCGUGCUGGUCAUCUUAAAGAGAUGCUUCAAGAACGACAAGAAUUCGAUGAAAACCUCCAUGCCGUUAAAUCCAUAUUGACUUACUUAUUCAAGUCAGUUUUUGUCGAUCGUUAUCGAGAUAUCGUCCCCGAAAUUCGUGCCAUUUGUAUGGGAGAAAUAGUCUUUUGGAUAAAGCGAUUCCCUAAACAUUUUCUGGAUGAUUCUCACCUCCUGAAGUACAUUAAGUGGGAUCUUAAUUGUAAAGUUGGCGAUGUUCGUUCAAAAUGUCUUCAAGCCCUCCAACCGCUCUAUGUUUCAGAAGAACUUAAGGGAAAAUUGGAAUUUUUCACCAGCAAAUUUAAGGAUUGUGUCGUUUCGAUGACACUAGACAAAGAGUACGAUGUUGCCGUCCAAGCUGUUCGCUUGAUCUCCAGCAUUCAUAAGUAUCAUCGAGAAAUAUUGUCAGAUAAGGAUUGCGAGGCUGUUUAUGAGUUGGUGUUCUCUUCCCAUCGAGCCGUUGCGCAAGCUGCUGGUGAGUUUCUCAACGAGCGGCUUUUCACACUCGAUGAUACCAGUCCCCCGGCUCUACGUACUCACCGUGGUAAAAAGAGACUGCCUAAUACACCUCUCAUUCGGGAUUUGGUUCAAUUUUUCAUCGAGUCUGAGUUGCCUGAACACGGAGCAUAUUUGGUCGACUCCCUCAUUGAUUCAAAUGAAAUGAUGAAAGAUUGGGAGUGCAUGACGGAUUUGUUAAUGGAAGAUCCCGGGCCAGGCGAAGAGUCUUUAGAUGAUGAGCAAGAAACAAGUUUGAUCGAACUGAUGAUAUGUUGCAUCGAACAAGCCGCGACUGGGAAGUCACCCUGCGGGCGCGCACCUACAAGAAAGAUUACGACCGCGAAAGAAACCAAACAAGCCCAAGAUGAUCGUGUUCGACUAACUGAACAUUUUAUACAAACCAUUCCUCUGUUACUCGGGAAAUACAUCAAGGAUCCUGAAAAAGUUGCAAACCUCCUGUGGAUCCCUCAAUUCUUCAAUUUGGAAAUCUACACUACCUCACGUCAAGAAGAGAGAUUUGAAUCGUUAUUGGGUCUGAUGCAAAAUGUUGUCGAGACAUACACCGAAACAGAAGUGCUUGAAAUCUGUGCCAUAACUUUGGAAGUUCUGUGUGAUGAAGAUCACGCCAUCUACUCUCGAUGUGACGUCAUAAGUACUUUAAUGAAUCGUCUGUUUAACAAAUUGCGUGAAGUUCUUGACUCUCAUGUAGCACUGAUCAAUAGCGACAAAAAACCCGACGAAGAGGAGGUGUUUGCCCUGGUUUCCAGUUCGAAGAAAGUUGAUAUCUUCUUUUCGUGUUGCAAUCUUGGACCAUGGACAUGGAAAAUGUGGGAUCCUCUUUACAACGCUGUUCAAGAAUCUAUAGAUCUAAACCUGAUGCCACCUGAAGCUAUAAUACACUGCAUUUCAGCCUGCUAUUCUGUCAUUUUAUGGGAACUUCGACAGCUAAAAAAUGGGUCCGGACGAGGAACGUCUGCCGGCCAACAACAAAAGCAACUGAGAGAUCAUUUGAAUGACUACAUUUCGCUCAUGACCCUGCUCAUAAUUGCUUCAGAUGAUCAUCUGGUUAGGGAAGAGGCCUUCAUGUCUGCGUGCGAGUUUCUCUCUGAUUUUUCCGAGAAACUCGCAUCAGACAAUCCUCUUUUAAGACCUCUUGUCUACCAGCCUGAUGGUGACCUACAACAAAUUCUGAAGGAAUUUGGGGAUAACGCCGCCAGAAUCCCAGCUAUAACGCUCGGGAAUCCCAACAAUCCAACUGGCCCUCACAAUUUAGCGUUUCUAGGGGGCGUCCCUAAACUGCGAAAGCGAAACGCGAAACGCGAAACGCCUAAAAUGCGAAACAGCUGUGCGAAACGGACCCAAAAGUUGGGACCCUGUUUCACAUUUUAGGCGGGAAUUAUUUUCAAACUAUUUAAAAACGUUUCUUCCUCCUAGCGCUAGAUGUCUUACUUUUGCAAAAUUUGCUAUAUUUAUUUUGAAGUUUGAACUACUUUGCACAUCUCUAAUACAUUUAUCGGCAGUUGCUGUUAGAAAUUAAAUGAAAACUGACGAUAAUGACUAUAGGGAAAUUUGGAAAAUCAACAGUAGAUGGCGAUUUUUAGCUUAAUACCAUUUUGGAAAUCGAACAGUAGAUGGCGAUGUUUAGCUCAAUACCAAAAAAACAACUAACUGUCGCAAUUACGGAAGCUAAGAAGUAAGAACAUUGACGACUGAGUGAUAGAAUUCGUAAACAAGAUUUUCUUAACACGUUAAAAUAAAAAUGGAUUAUCAUUCCUUUUAUUUUAUUUUUUUUUCCUUAUUUUCAUCUUUCAUGUUGGCAGAUGCUUACGGGUACAGAUUAAAAGUAGAUUUAAUUAAUAAUGGUCCAGCUGUCCUGGAUUCCAAUAUAACCUUCACUGUAGUAUUGUCCAACCCUUCUGGAAUUGUCCCAUCAGGUCCUUUUUACUGUACAUUUUAUGAUGAACUUGGAC